AUGUCCGGUUCGAGCCCAGACGGUGCUUCUUGGGACCGAUAUCGCUCAGACAAUUUUGCUACCGUCAAACCCGAAGGCCAGUCGGCAGAGACAUGGAAUUGGGCUACAGACGAUACAGUCAUGGCGGCUACUUCUGGGACAGGGUCGGUUUCAAGGCCGAGCCCUAGUUCAACAGACGAAGCCUCUAUCUCUCAGAAGAUGCUGUCCGCGACCCUCGGCAGCGUCCUGAACGGUCUUUUAGUGACCCCUCUCGAUGUGGUUCGCGUCAGGUUGCAAUCACAAUCUUCAAUUAAAACCACCUCGCCGUUUACGUCACAUACGAUACACCAUUUGAAAGACGCGCCUCCCAACCUCGGAAUAACCGCCUGUUGCCGCGAAGUAUUUUGGAUAGGGCAAAAUACACAAAUCUGUGCGGUUGGACCUAGUGGGAGCGCGUUGGGCUCCCAGUCGGUAGCGGAUUGUGCGGUGGAGGAGACACAGCGAAGAACCUUCACAUCUACCUUGGAUGGUUUACGGAAGAUUGCUAGGAAUGAAGGUGUAACCACACUAUGGCGUGGGUUGAGUCCGACGCUGAUGAUGGGGAUACCGGGCAAUGUCAUCUACUUUGCCGGGUACGAUUGGCUGCGCUUCGACGAAAGGAGCCCGAUCAGACGCAUCGUUCCUAUUGCCUAUGUGCCCUUUCUCGCAGGCGCCGCUGCAAGAAUUGCUGCAGCCACGGCGAUAAGUCCGAUUGAAAUGUUCCGUACUCGGUUGCAAGCAACUCCCGGAACCGGUGCGGGCCAUUUCAAAGCCACCCUCGAGGGACUGCACCAGAUGACCCAAGCCAGUGGUUACACCUCUCUUUGGCGGGGCCUAACGCUUACCAUGUGGCGGGACGUACCGUUCUCUGGACUUUAUUGGUGGGGAUAUGAGGAAAUGAAGAAGUACAUCAUGAAAGCGCGCAAAAAAGCGCAUAGCCACAACCUAUCGCACGACGUGUCCUCGGCAGGUCAGUCGGGACUUCCCGAGGUAGAGGGAAACACAUUCCUCGACAGUUUUAUCGCUGGUGCCGUAUCGGGUGCGCUCGCCGCAUUCGUAACAACGCCUUUUGAUGUUGGAAAGACACGCCAGCAAGUAUACCGCCACAUGGGCGAUGAUGUGUCAAACGUCGCUGGUAGCAAUCUCGCAAAGGCGCCCCUUCAGCCGGAGCAACUCUCACUACCAAAAUUCCUUCUGCACAUAUUUCGCGAGGAGGGCACAGCAGGCCUCUUCAAGGGUUGGGUCGCGCGGUGCCUCAAGGUGGCUCCAGCCUGUGCCAUCAUGAUCUCAACGUACGAAGUAGGCAAGAAAUUCGCUCGCGACGCCAACGAGAAACGUCUAUCCUCGAUCGAUGGGAAGGACUCGGAUUCUGACUAA